AAGGAUCUUUCAUCUUAUAUUAAAGAAAAAACUUUGGCUGAACAAUGUGAAAAGUAGACCACCAUUUAAUUUUCUUAAUCAACCAUCUCCAUGUUUCGCCGUCGAGGGUCUGUUCGGCAACAGCAAGAACAGGAUCAUCAUGAGCUUCACCCUGAAUCUAAGGUGAAUGAGCUUAAAGCAGCUCUUGGUCCCCUUUCUGGGCAUGACUUACUCUACUGCACUGAUGCAUGCUUCAAAAGAUAUCUCGAAGCUCGAAACUGGAACGUAGACAAAGCCAAAAAGAUGCUGGAAGAUACCCUUGUAUGGAGAUCAACCUUCAAACCACAAGAAAUCCGUUGGCACGAGAUAUCUGUCGAAGGUGAAACUGGGAAAGUUUUCAGAGCCAAUUUUCGUGACCGUUUUGGAAGAACCGUUCUCAUAAUGAAACCAGGACGACAGAACACAACAUCAAUGGAAAACCAGAUCAGACAUCUGGUGUACUUGAUAGAAAAUGCUAUACUUAAUCUUCCAGAAGACCAAGAAGAAAUGGCAUGGCUGAUAGACUUCAGUGGAUGGUCUUUCAGCACCAACGUACCAGUUAGAACUGCACGUGAAACCAUAAGCAUACUACAAAACCACUAUCCGCAAAGGCUAGCAGUAGCGUUUCUCUACAGCCCCCCACGAAUUUUUGAAGCAUUUUGGAAGAUUGUUAAGUACUUCUUGGACCCAAAAACGAUCCAGAAGGUGAAAUUCGUGUACCCAAAGAAUAAAGAGAGCGUGGAGCUCAUGAGAUCCUGUUUCGAUGUGGAUAAUCUCCCAACUGAGUUUGGUGGGAAGGCAACUAUGAAGUAUGACCAUGAAGAUUUCUCUAGAUUAAUGCUGCAAGACGACCUGAAAACUGCUAAAUUCUGGGGUCUCGAACAAAAGACUCCCUCUGCUGCAACUAACGGGAUUGCUGAAGAGUCUAAAUAUACAGAAUGCUAACAAAUUGUUGUAAAAAGUUUAUAGCAAGUCAACUGGUCUACCGAGUCUAGAUCAAUGGUGACUGGAUUAUUUUGCUUAUGAAUCUUGAAUUUUGCUUAUAAAUCUUGAAUUCCCUAUAUAUGUGGUUAAAGUUAUGAUGCUUUUGCUCUUCCUGAUUGAACUUUGUACUUGUUUAAAUGUAGUAUGCAAAUCUAUUAUGUC